AAAAGAGCAUUUAAUUUGGCUUUUCUAUUAUUCACACACCACGUGUACAUUUAGGUAUAGAUUUACAACAAUUUUCUUGGUAAUACUUUUACCAAUUUUUUUAAUUAAAAAAUACAUCUACUCUUCUAUUAGUAGUGUAUAUACCUCCACAUAUAUAUAUACACCUAUAUACUAGUAUGUCUCCCUCAAUAACUACAAUCUUCUCACUCAAAUAAUUUCCCUCAAACCCAUUAAACACUUUUCAAUUUUCUCAUCUUCUCAACCAAAAAAAAAGUGUCAACAACAACAACAACAACAACACUAUUUAGUAUCCAUAGAAUUUGCUCAAAAUAUCUAUUUUUAAUUUAUUUUUUUUCUUUUUAUUUUCUCAAGUGAGAAAAUUCUAUUAAUCUUCUUCCUCUUCUUCUUCUUAUCAUUAGGGCAAAAAAAAGCAAAAGUUGAUAUUUUGAUUGAUUGAGACAAAAUCAUCAUCAAAAGAAACAAACCCAAAUCACAAUUCACCUUUUCUCAAAUUGGGAUUCUCUCAAUUUCGAAUCUUUCCAACCAUGAGUCGCCGGAUUCUCGAUGCAGCUCUAACAGUUCCGUCGCCGGCAACGGCAACAACAACCACUAACGGAAACAGAACCAGAGAUUCCUUCAUCAGCGAAACGAAUUUCGACACCAACAUGGUAAUAAUCUUAGCCGCUUUGCUCUGCGCUUUGAUCUGUGCUCUGGGUCUGAACUCAAUCGUUCGAUGUGUUCUUCGUUGCAGUAACCGGUUAACCGAAACGCCGGAGCAAGCUGCAGCGAGACUUGCGAGAACUGGGUUGAAAAAAAGCCGACUCCGGCAACUACCCGUGGCUGUUUACGGGUCUGGGAUGGAGAUUCCGAGCAGUGAAUGUCCGAUCUGUUUGGGGGAUUUUGAAGAUGGUGAGAAAGUUAGGGUUUUGCCGAAAUGUAAUCAUGGGUUUCAUGUGAGGUGUAUUGAUACUUGGUUGGUUUCGAAUUCUUCUUGUCCGAAUUGUCGUCAUUCGCUUUUGGAACAGAAGCAAACGACGUCGUUUUUGGUUAGGGGAAGAAAUGAAAUUGAAAACCCAGAAAAUGGAGGAGAAAGUUCGUCGGAAAAUGAAAGAAAAGAGUUGCCGGAAAAUGUUUCCGGUGGUGAAGAAGGUAGGGUUGUUAUAACGGUUCAUGAUGAGUUAAGCUAAGUUUAAGCUUUGUUAUUAUUAUUAGAAAAUGGCUUUUUUUUUUCUUGAAAAAAAAAAUUAAUGAAGGAAAAGGGUUGUUGUGAUUAUUGUUAUGAUAAUCAUGAUUAGUCUUUGAUUUUUUUUUUUUAAGAUUUUAGAAGUAAGGGAAGAUUUAGUAGAGAGUGGUGAAAAAGUGUAGUAUUUUGAGUUAAUUUAUGUAAUUAAAUUUUGAUUGAAAUGAAAAUUAUGAAAUGAUAUUUAUAAA